AUGCAAGCGAUCAACCGUUUUCUGUACGGGCCAACGCCGGAGGAGAAGGUUCGCGCCUGGCAGGCGAAAUUGCGAGCAGAAUCAAGACAAUUAGACAGGGAGAUGAGGCAGUUGGACAUGGCUACAAGCAAAGCUCAACAAUCUGUGAAACAGCUGGCGACGAAGGGGGACGUAAAGUCUGCUCGUAUCCUUGCGAAGGAGGUCGUGCGUAGCAAGAAGCAGAAGGAUAGGCUGUCUGUGAGCAAGGCAAGAUUGGCAUCUAUAGGGAACCAACUGCAGCAGCAACUGGCGAUGAUGAAGGUUACAGGAACGCUUCAGAAAUCCACUGAAAUCAUGAAGCUGUCCAAUUCGCUUGUGAAGCUUCCUCAGAUCAGUCAAACCAUGCGGGAAAUGAGCAUGGAAAUGACCAAAGCCGGUAUCAUGGAGGAAAUGCUUGAGGAUACUCUCGACAUGGACGAAGAUGAAGAGUUGGAGGAAGAGGCGGACGCCGAGGUUGACAAGGUCCUCUUCGAACUUACCAAUGGCAAGCUGGGCCAAGCCGGAACUAUUACCAAUGAACUGCCUACGGCGGACGAGCAGCGGCUAGAAGAGGAGACGGAGAGGAAUAUCGAAAAGUAUCGAGAGCAGCUCAACGGUAUAUUGAGCGGCUAG